AUGGCUCCUCCUUGCCUCUACUUCAUCAUCUUCCUUUGGUUGCUCCUCCUCCUUCCAACCUCACCUCUUUCAACUGGUUGGACGAACCAUGGCGGUGAUUUAAAGAAUAGUAGAUAUGCGGAUGGCGAAACAAAGAUCAGCCCUGAAACAGUGGCUAACCUUCGGUUAAAGUGGAAGUUCGUUGCUGGAAAAGAUAUAAGUGCCACACCUGCAAUAUACAACAAGACAGUAUAUUUCCCGAGUUGGAAUGGGAAAAUAUACGCCCUUAACGAGUCAGACGGGUCAGUUAUUUGGCAACACGAUAUUGGUGAACUAACGGGGCUUAAGUCAACAGGACUCGUAUUCGGGGUCAAUGAGACAGUGUCCCGGUCCACACCCACUGUUGCUGAUGAUCUAUUGAUCGUGGGAAUUUAUGGACCGGCUUACGUUGUGGGGCUUAGACGUAGCGACGGAGAGCUCGUGUGGUCUACGCAGCUUAGUACGCAUAAUGCUUCUAUAAUCACCAUGUCGGGUACUUACUAUAAAAGUGCUUUCUACGUGGGCACAUCGUCACUUGAAGAAAGCUCGAGCAUUGAAGCAUGUUGUUCAUUUAUAGGGAGUUUCUCUAAGUUAAAUGCCAAUAAUGGUAGCAUCUUGUGGGAAACCUACAUGUUGCCGGAUAACAACGGUAGCAUCGACGAGUAUGCCGGUGGUGCCAUAUGGGGUAGCAGUCCGUCCAUUGACAUUCACCGCAACGCAGUAUACAUUGCCACUGGAAACAUGUAUUCCGCCCCAUUAAAUGUUACACAAUGCCAAGAAGCCCAAAACAAUCAAACGACACCAACAGACAACGAUAAUUGCAUUGAGCCCGAUAACCAUUCCAAUUCGGUCCUAGCACUCGAUUUGGAUUCAGGGGAAAUCAAAUGGUAUAAACAAUUAGGGGGUUACGAUAUUUGGAUUUUUGCUUGCAAUAAUGUCUCUACGUCGGGUUGUCCUCCUGGCCCUAAUCCAGAUGCAGAUUUUUCCGAAGCACCGAUGAUUCUAACCAUUGAUGUUAAUAGACACAAGCGUGACAUAGUCGUCGCGGUGCAAAAGAGCGGGAUCGCUUGGGCUUUGGAUCGCGACAACGGUAGCAUCUUGUGGUCUACGGAAGCUGGACCUGGAGGAGCCGGUGGAGGAGGAUUUUGGGGAUCGGCAACAGAUGGAAAGACGGUCUACACAAAUAUUGCAAACAGUUUACGGAGUACAUUUACGUUGAAGCCGUCAAAUAUAGCAACCAAUAGCGGGGGAUGGGUGUCGAUGGAUGCUGCAAGCGGCAAUGUGUUAUGGUCGACAGCAAAUCCAAGUAACGCGACAGCAAGUGGACCCGUGAGUUUAGCUAAUGGUGUUGUGUUCGCUGGCUCGACCAAUGGGACAGGACCCAUUUACGCCAUCAGUGGUGCCACCGGAGAAAUUUUGUGGUCGUAUGACACUGGAGCCACCGUCUACGGUGGCAUGUCCAUUAACGACGGUUGUGUGUAUGUGGGAAAUGGUUACAAAGUAAGUUUCGGAUUUUUUGAUCCAACUUAUACUCCGGGAACAACAUUAUUUGCCUUUUGCGUACUACCAUAAAUGAAAACGACAUCGUUUCAUAAUAAAUCACAACUUUCUUCUUACAUUGUUGUUUUUGUUUUUUCAAUUAAUUAUUUGGAAAAAUAA